AUGUCGACCAAGACCAAAUUUUCCAAGGAAGAUGAGCUUCUCCUUCAGGUAGGUAUAGAAUGAUGUUAUGCAGCUGUUGGAUGACAAUCUUUAUUCAUGGUAUCUUUUUUUCAGGACUUCUCCUCCUCCAUUAGCACAAAGACGUCCGUUGUCUUCUACGUGAUUGCUUUCUUAGCUUCCUUGGCCCCACUUUACUUGUUCUAUGCUAUUCAUCAGAUGGAUGUUGCUGAUUCCUGGUUCAUCUGGGGUGCUGCUUCGGUUGGAGUGUCGUAUAUCCUAGCCCAAGCCUACAAGAACGUCAAACACGUUACCAAGCAUGAGUAAGUAUUACUGCUUGAGGUCUUUCUUCCAUUUUUAUUCCGAUUUCAAUCAUAUUACUUCAGUGUCGUCCGCAAACGUGGAGAAGCCAUCACCCGUGACGUCAACAAACAACUCGCUGAGGACAAGAACAUGUCCAAGAAGGAGAAGGACGAGAGAGCCUUGUGGAAGAAAAACGAAGUCGCUGACGCCGAAGCCAACCACUUUACUAUCUUCUUCAACAACGUCGUCUUCUACGCUUCCUUUAUUUUCCUCUCUUUCUUCUUACUUCAGAACGCUAAUCCCAUCUUCAACUGUUUGGGAUCAAUGUAUGGUGCCGCUGGUAUCGCUUAUCUGUUUUCUACUGCUAAGUAA